CUCCGCCUCCUUUGCCUCUUAACCUUUAGCUGGGAGACUUCUGAAUCGUUCCAAGGACAUCUUUGCAACGUUGCCUAGUCACAACUGAGGCAAAUGGCAGAAACACAGGGAUUGCUGGAAAGGCUGGAGAAAGCUGUAAUCCGCCUAGAAUCAUUGUUUUCAGGGUCAACUGGACCUCAUGGGGAAUGUGGAACAGUGAAUGGAGUCAAUGGAGGUGUUUCGCCCUCCGUGGAAGCUUUUGAUAAGCUGAUGAAUGGCAUGGUUGCUGAGUUUCUGAGGAACAGUAAGAUCCUUGCUGGGGAUGUGGAGGCUCACGCAGAGAUGGUGCACAGUGCCUUCCAAGCACAAAGAGCUUUCAUCUUGUUAGCAUCUCAGUACCAACAGCCCCAAGAGAAUGAUGUGGCUGCACUUCUUAAACCAAUAUCGGAAAAGAUUCAGGAAAUACAAACUUUCAGAGAGAGAAAUCGGGGGAGUCAAAUGUUUAAUCAUCUUUCAGCUGUGAGUGAAAGCAUCCCUGCACUAGGGUGGAUAGCAGUGUCCCCCAAACCAGGUCCUUAUGUCAAGGAGAUGAAUGAUGCUGCUACGUUUUAUACCAACAGGGUCUUAAAGGACUACAAGCACAGUGACUUACGCCACGUGGAUUGGGUGAAGUCCUACCUGAACAUCUGGACCGAGCUUCAAGCAUACAUCAAGGAACACCAUACAACAGGCCUUUCUUGGAGCAAAACGGGUCCAGUAGCAUCCUCUUCAUCAGUACUAUCUGUCCUCUCCAGUGGGCAGGGUGUUCCCUCACCCCCUCCUCCUCCACCACCUCCAGGACCACCUCCAAUCUUUGAUAAUGAAGGCAGAAAAGAAGACUCCUCACCAUCACGUUCAGCUUUGUUUGCUCAGCUUAAUCAGGGGGAGGCAAUUACUAAAGGACUCCGACAUGUGUCUGAUGAUCAGAAGACACAUAAGAAUCCCAAGCUGAGGGCUCAAGGAGGACAAAGUCAUUCUCCUACUAAAACCCACGCUUCAAGUUCCAUCUCUCCCCAAUCCCCUUUGCAGCAGAACCAUCCUCCUGUGUUAGAGCUGGAAGGAAAGAAAUGGAGAGUGGAAUAUCAAGAGAACAGCAAUGACCUUGUGAUUUCAGAUACUGAGCUGAAGCAAGUGGCUUACAUUUUCAAAUGUAACAAAUCAACACUACAAAUUAAAGGAAAAAUAAAUUCCAUUACAAUUGACAAUUGCAAGAAGUUUGGCCUUGUGUUUGAUAAUGUUGUUGGCAUUGUGGAAGUAAUCAAUUCCAAGGAUAUUCAAAUUCAGGUUAUGGGGAAAGUGCCAACAAUUUCAAUUAAUAAGACAGAAGGCUGCCACAUAUACCUCAGUGAAGAAGCUUUAGACUGUGAGAUUGUGAGUGCCAAGUCAUCUGAAAUGAACAUACUUAUUCCACAGGAUGGUGAUUAUAAAGAAUUUCCUGUUCCUGAACAGUUCAAGACAGCAUGGGAUGGAUCCAAGUUGGUCACUGAACCUGCAGAAAUUAUGGGAUAAUCUCCUUUGGACACACAGAACCUUGUGACCUUAAUACCCCCAGGUCACUUGAACAAGGAAUAGCAGCAUCAAAGGACUAGAAGUAGCAGCAGCCAAGACUGCUGUAGUUUGGGCCUUCAAGCAACCGCUCUGUACUCUAGGAACAGGGAUAUUUCCAGCACACUUUAUUAGGCAUUCUGAAAUCUUUGAAAACGCCUCACAAUCUGCAUUCAUUUAUAGUUUUGAUCCUAAAAGAUGCCAUAUGAACAUAAAAGACUUAAAGAAAAAAAUACACUCCCCUCGUAUCAUUGGCUAUGGCAUAAUGACUGACAAGUCAAAAUAUUGCAUGAUACAGUUGUACAUCAUGUUCUGUUGCAUUCCAUUCUUAUGUUAAUACUAGUUGAAAAAUAUUAAUAACUAUCUUGAAGAAUGUAAGAUGCUAAUUUUUACCUUUUAGCCAAAUCAUGUAUAAUGCAGUGAAAACGUGUCCAGGAAAGUGUGAUUUAUUUUGUAACUUUAUCCAUUAAAUUUUGUCAUCUAGAGUAUGCAUUUCAGCAAAAACAUAUCUGCCAGUAGAAACAUAUCUGCCAGUAUUUUAUCACACUUUUUAUUAAAUAUUUAGGGAAAGUCCACCUUUGGAUGCCAAUUUAUAGUUUCUGGGACCUCCCUCUUAGUUACUGAAAAUUGAGUUGUCUCUUUUUUUUUCUAGAAAAUACACUGAUUUAUGUAAAAUUCUGCCCCAUCACCAGAAGAGUUUUCAUUUUUGUGCCUUCUGUCUUAUUAUUUGGUGGGGGGAGGUAAUUUCUUUUACACAUAAUACCUCACACUCUUGCUCUAGAGAUUAAGAAAAAAAUUUUUUAAAUUUGGUACCUAUUAAGCAUCAGAUGCCUUGUAAAUGACUUCCACUUUAAGGUUAUUUCAUACCUAAGUAGACCUUAGACUCGAUUUGUUUUGCAUAUUGUACUACUUUUCUGCUUAUAAAACUUACAGACCAGCCUUUGAAAUGCACAUAACAAGCCAUAAAUUUCUCCUUAAUUAAUUACCUAUCAAAGCCUAAGGAAUCGGUUCUGGUUUUGGCCCCCUGACUUAGUUUUGUAGUACUUGUAGACCAUGCUUUUUUUAAGCACUGAAAUAGACCUGGUAUGCAUUUGGGUAUUUUCAAUUCAUAACACUGAAAAAUCUGCAUACUUUUUGGAUCACAUGUAAUAAUCCUUUAUGAUGAUGAAAUCUUAGUAACAUGCUUGCAGAAAUAGUAAUGAGAAUCUAUAUGUAUGUAUAUAUAUAAUAUGAAUUCAUAUAUAUAUAUAUAUAUAUAUAUAUAUAUAUAUAUAUAUAUAUAUACAUAUAUGCAGCCUUCAGGGUAUGUUGUUUCCGUUUUUAAAUAUCUUAGAUAUCUCUACAGUACUAUAAUAACCAGUGCUCAUGUAACAAGGUUUUGCUAACAAGGUUUUUGUCUAUAUGUAUAAUGUUGUGGCUUUAUAGUAAAGAUCAUUUUUCAAGGGUAUUCUGAAAUAAAAUGAGACUAUAAUUGUUUAAAUAUAGAGAAUAA